AUGGUGGUUGUUAAACGAUUCCGUACCAAUUGGGGCAUCGACCCUACACCAGACUACGCCAACUACCGGGAAUGGUUCCCGAAACUGAAGAUGCAAGGCUAUGCUGGAGUGGAGGUCAAUCUGCACACCAUUGACAAUCCGGAACUGUUGAAGAGCAUUUGCGAUGAGAUUAACCUGGAGAUAAAUGUGCUCAUAUUCUCCGCGUGGCCAAGGUACAGAGGGCCCCGACCUCGCCUAACGGUCCAAGAACACUUAAUCGCAUACAAGGAACAAUUGAUCCGAGCCAAAGCCUUCAAUCCCUCAAAAGUCAACGCUCAGUCUGGAAGCGACGUAUUCACUUACGAGCAGUCUGUUGAGUUCUUCCAAGGCACUCUCACGAUUGACGCCGAGUUGGGACUUAGCGGAAGAGUCUGUCAUGAAACUCACAGAAACCGAUCCUUAUUUAGUCCUUAUGCUGCGGACUUUAUUCUCAAAAGAGUUCCGGGGCUUCGAAUUACUGCAGACUUUUCACACUGGGUUGUGGGGUGCGAAAGGCUGUUGGAUGUAGCCGAAGAGGAUAUUGAGCUUUUGGAGAGAAUCUAUCCUCACGUUUAUCACAUCCACUCUAGGAUCGGCACAACACAAGCUUCGCAGUGCCCUGAUCCUUCAGAUCCGGUAUAUGAGGCUGAAGUAAAAAGCUUCGAGAAUAUAUGGAAAGCCGUUAUUCGGGCGCAGAUCUUGCGUGACGGCAAAGACUCGACCAUUACUUUUGUUCCAGAAUGGGGCCCUUAUCCUUAUCAUCCGUAUAACAGCAGCAGAGAUUUCUCCGAAGUGGCUGAUACAGAAGGGGCCCGCCACCAGGAACUGUUCCAGAGAAUCAAUUAG